AUGACACAAGAUUUUGACUUCAUAGUUGUUGGCGGCGGCACAGCGGGGUGUCUCCUCGCCUCUCGCCUCGCAAACACUGUAUCGAAGCCCAGUGUUGCGCUACUGGAAGGUGGCGGGGAGAUCAGCAAACCCGAGUACAGGCACACAGCUGAACGAUUCAGCACCAUUGCCCAGCCAGGUCUCGAUUAUGGUUACGCUUCUACUCCACAGGAGAACGCGAGAAACCGUGAAGUGCCGCAGGCUCGCGGCAAGGGGGUGGGAGGCUCGAGUGCUACCAACUUCCAGGUCUGGUCGCUUGGAGCGCGCGCCGAAUUCGAUGCAUGGGCUGCAGUUGCGGGUGACGAUGCCUGGGGGUUUGAUUCUGUGAUUGAGCGGGUUAAAAAGCUGGAAAGUCUUCACCUUGAUGAUCUUUCCAAGGAGUGGGCUGAAUAUGUGAAGCCUAACCCAAAGUACCACGGAUUGUCUGGACCGAUCGACGUCUCUAUCGAUCACGUGGAACGAGAAACAAAGGCCUUUAUCGAUGCUAGAGUUGACCUUGGACACCAGCGCAAUCUUGACCCCAACGAUGGUGACCCAAUUGGGUUCUCAUUGAACUCGACAACGAGUCUGAACGGCGUUCGAGUUACUGGUGCAUCUGCCUUCCUCGAGAAGAACGUACCGGCAAACUUGACCAUCCUGACCGAGAGUCGUGUGGUCAAAAUCAUCUUUGAGAAGGAUCGCGCAGUGGGUGUGCUCAAAGAGGACGGUUCUCAGGUCCAAGCUAAGAAUGAAGUCAUCCUGUCGGCUGGUGCCCUUGACAGUCCCCGUGUACUGCUGCUUUCAGGCAUCGGCCCUCAAGCGGACCUAGAUGCUCUUGGAAUUCCUGUGGUUAAGAGUCUUGACGGAGUGGGGAAGUCCUUUACGGAUCACCCCAUGAUUGUGACUUGCUUCCAGAUGAAGUCCGGCUUCACUGACAGAAUGGGGCUCUCUGAUCCAAUUAAGUAUCAGGAGGCCGUGAAGCAACUCGCAGAAAGGGGGAACGGCCCGCUUUUGGGGCACUUCUCUUCUGUUCCCCAUGCUUUCCUUAAGAAUGAUCGGGCAUACGAGUCCCCCGAAUUCAAGAAGCUUCCAGCAGAUGUGAAGGAUUAUCUGCUUGAGAACGGCGUUCCCAGCUAUGAACUCGUGAUUGGACCCUUGAUUCCCCCCGACCAUAUCUUCGAAAAGUCUAGCGACGGUUUCUUCUCGGUAUUCGUCGCGAACAUGAGCUCCGUCUCUCGAGGAACAAUCAAACUAGCUUCCGCAAACCCAAAUGACGCCCCUCUGAUUGACCCAAAGUAUCUCAGCAACCCAUUCGACUUGGUGAACCUGCGUGAAGCACUGAGAGAAGGACUCAAUCUCUUGAAGACCAACACGAUGAAGGUCCAUUUCGUCAGACCGAUAUUUGCACCAAAGUCUGACAGCGAUAAGGAUAUUGAUGACUUCAUCCAAGAGAAUGUCGUGGGAUUGUGGCAUCCAUCUUGUAGCGUGAAGAUGGGUAAAAGCGAACAAGAUGGUAGCUGUGUCGAUGGUGACCUCCGAGUUCAUGGGUUGAAUGGCUUACGAGUUGCCGAUCUGAGUGUGACAUCUAUACUACCCAGUGGCCACCCCCAGAUCGUCGCCUACGUUAUCGGACAACUAGCCGCAGAGGAAAUCGCGCGAGACUACGGGCUGGACACCAAGAGGCGAGAGAAGAUCUAG